AUAUUGGAGAGGCGCCGCCGCCGCCGCCGCUUCGGAGCUCGGGCCGUUUCAGGGGCCGCGGGCGGAGGCAGGAAGGCACCCCCCUUCUCCGCGUCCGCCGAAGCCCAGCCCAUCUCCUCAUGACUGCCCCGGGCCCAGCUGCCGACCGACGUCGUCCCAGCACCCGGAUCUAACACGGAAGCCCGGGGCGGGGGCCCGCCGGAGGAGGCGGAGGAGGAGGAGGGAGAGCCGGUCGGACCCGCGUCCCUCUGGCCCGCGCGGCGUCUCGGCCGGAGCCAUGACCUCGCUGACCCAGCGCAGCUCGGGCCUGGUGCAGCGGCGCACCGAGGCUUCCCGCAACGCCGCCGACAAGGAGCGGGCGGCGGGCGGCGGCGGUGGCAGCGGCGAGGACGACGCGCAGGGCCGCCGCGACGAGCAGGACGACGACGACAAGGGCGACUCCAAGGAAACGCGGCUGACCCUGAUGGAGGAGGUGCUCUUGCUGGGCCUCAAGGACCGAGAGGGCUACACAUCCUUUUGGAAUGACUGUAUAUCAUCUGGAUUACGUGGCUGUAUGUUAAUUGAAUUAGCCUUGAGAGGAAGGUUGCAACUAGAGGCUUGUGGAAUGAGACGUAAAAGUCUAUUAACAAGAAAGGUGAUCUGUAAAUCGGAUGCUCCCACGGGGGAUGUGCUCCUGGACGAAGCCCUGAAGCACGUCAAGGAGACGCAGCCUCCGGAAACCGUCCAGAACUGGAUUGAAUUGCUUAGUGGUGAAACUUGGAACCCAUUAAAAUUGCAUUAUCAGUUAAGAAAUGUCCGGGAACGUUUAGCUAAAAACCUGGUGGAAAAGGGUGUAUUGACAACAGAGAAACAGAACUUUCUGCUUUUUGACAUGACAACACAUCCACUCACCAACAACAACAUUAAGCAACGUCUCAUUAAGAAGGUACAAGAAGCUGUUCUUGACAAGUGGGUGAAUGACCCUCAUCGCAUGGACAAGCGUUUGCUGGCCCUCAUUUACUUAGCCCAUGCCUCGGAUGUCCUGGAGAAUGCUUUUGCUCCUCUUCUGGACGAGCAAUAUGAUUUAGCCACCAAGAGGGUGCGGCAGCUUCUCGAUCUAGACCCAGAAGUGGAAUGUCUGAAGGCCAACACCAACGAGGUUCUGUGGGCGGUGGUGGCGGCAUUCACUAAGUAACUGCUCAAUGUGGAACGAACAUUCUUUCCUUCAUGUAAACCAGUAGUUUUUUCUUCUAUUGACUUCUGGUUUUCUGCAGUUUGUACUUUCCCAUACUCUAACUGGCUUUUGUUUUAGGAAAUGGUGGGUGGCACUUUCUUUUUUGUAUGUAUGCAGGAUUCUGCUGGUACGAGAGGCCUUCCUUCCUCUUUAUGUUUUAAAACCAUCCAACGGCCACAUUGGCAUUCCAGUCCCUGCUGUCGUUCUCACUGCUGCCUGUUUUGGGUUUCUGGUACUUUGGCUCUCACAGUACCUCUGGCCUCCUCACAUGUACAGCUCUUGCAUUCCCUCAGCUUGAGUUGCCCACAUGUGCACGUCCAUCUAGUGCUCUGCCUACAGUUCACACAGAAGUCACAGCACGGCCUUCUACUCACCAAAGGUAAAUAUCUGUAUCUAUUAGGACAUUUUAUACAUAGACCUCAGUUGAGAUGUAUACUUUGCAAAAUUAUUUUUAAAUUGAAACAGCACAGUAAAUACUUAAUAUAAAGUCCCCCUUGGAUUUUGCUUCCUAUGUAAAUCUAUUGUAUUAUCAUACUACUUAUGAUUUUAACUAUUAAAUCAUAAAGGUCCAAUUGUUUCACAAUGCCAGUGUGGGAUGGGCUGCAUUCCAGUUCUGCUGUAUAUAGUUCUAGUUGGAGUAGAUAUAAAUUGGCCCUUCUCUGGCUACCCCUGCCCCAUCUCAGUAUUUGUAAGAUUUCAUUAGUUGUGCACCUGGUGCCCCUCCCCUGCCUCAGCACUGCUCUCUGAUGGUAAGUAGACCUCUCGUUGAAGGAGAGAGAAAGAGGUGGGUCCUAUUGGUCUUGGGAUUUUUUGAGUUAUGCCAUUCAUGGUACUUUUUGCCUAUGCAUCUUCUUUCUCAGUUUCUUUUGGGAGGUCCUAACUCCUUUUAUAAUUUCUGUAGGGAAGAGGCUGUGACCAGUACUAAUCUUGAGUACAGUUAUUUUUCCCCUUUUUUCUGUCCACAAGUAAAUUAAUGUCUGCUCUGAAAUGUCAUUUAUCUACUCACACUUUGUUGGGGGAGAAAAUGAGUGUCAGUUCUAGCAGAUGUUGCAUGUAAAUUGUUAGCAAGUAAUGAUUACAGCUCAGAUGAUUAAGAAUUUUGUAACAGAAAGCUCUGCUAUGUUUUAAUUUUUAUAUGCAAUUAUGAUGAUCAGCACAUUGUAAGACUAUAAACCUUUGCUUUUUCAAGUUUAUUUUUACUCUAUCACUGUUUAUUGUACCAUCAUUGGUUUCAUAAUGUAAAUACUAUACAUUGAACAAAUCAAAUAUCAAAUUUUGUAUUUCCAUAGUUGAUGUUACUAGUGGGGCUUUCAGGUGUCAAGAUUUUUUCGGUUAACAUUCAUUGCAAAAGUACUAGAUGGUGUAUAACUCUAGAGUUGAAUUUGAAGGGAUUCCUUAAUAUGUAUACUAUCUUUUUAUCUGACGUAAUAAAUAAACUAUGAUCUUGAAAGUG